AUGGCGGUCCCUGUGCGCUCAUCCCCGCUAUCUUCGCCGCCACGAACCCAACCCGUCUCGAGAGAUGGUUCAGCCUCGCAAGAGGGAAAACGAUUUCGACCAACCAGAGAACUUCCAUUCGAAGUCGCGCAGCAUGUUCAGACGUACCUCGAAGAAGGACUGUUAACCCAAGCAUUCGACACUUUGCUCUCCGUCACAGGCAACAACACUUUCUCUGUCAACGCUUCGGCGCCCGUGACAAUCCCGCCCGCCUCUCACCUCGCGUUGGCGGCCACGCUUGCCGUCCAUCCAAGCACGACAACAAGGACCAACGAGCGUGAAAAGUGGAAUCAGGCAAACGCUGCUCUACGAUUGCUCAAACUAAUCCAGUCCCUCGUCGGGCCCGUCAAUGCCAACUUCGCCGCGGCAUUCACCUUUCACAAAUUUGACCUUCGCUUUUCGCGGCGGACUGAUAAUCGAGCGAGCGACGAGGACGAGGAUGGCGAAAGUGAGAACGGUUUUGGUGAUGACAAGCUCAAUACGACCUACGCCCGCUCGCACAGCCUCUGGAACCGGGCCGAGGAUUUUUGGCAACUUGUCGGCUGGGCAUUCAACUGCGCGUGUUUACCAGGGAUGUAUGCCUCGCGCUGGACUCAUUACCGUCUUCUACUUGAGUAUCUGGUCGACGUGAUAGAGACGGACUGGCGUAUCCGCACUACCGGAGAAAGUCCCUCGCCGGAAGAGUCCUUGCUAUGGCAGUAUAUCGAACUGGCGUCAAGCGGACACGCGCGGCAGAGGAGAAUCAUUCGCGCAAUAUUCGCCGACGGGAGCGCACGCUCAAUUGCCGAGUUCCGAGAGAUCUUCGCCCACGAGUUGAAAGAGCCGAAGCAGGAAGAUGGCACAGCCAAGAAACUUGAAAAGCAGGAGCAUGUCAAUAUCGAUCAAGAUUUCUACGGCGACUACCUUGGUCAGGAGGAUGAAGAUGUCUCUGACGGGGCUGCAGAUAAUGGUGAUACCACGAGCGCCGUGGGGGGUGGACGACGUCCGAAGCGAUUGAGGACAGGCACAAGGACGAGGACACCUUCAGCCAAGAGGGUGACGCCACGAAGCAGCAACGGCAGUCUAAGAAGUGCCUAUACCGAUGCAGAAGGAGACACGUCUUCUUCCUCAGCACCAACUCUCGGCGACCCAUCCUCCAUACUCCUCCGCCUCCGCCUGUUGCGUCUUCUGACGUGGGUCUCCGCGCACGACACGCUAACAGCCACAUCGCCGACCACUUUUCCGGACUUGGAAGAACUCUUUAUUCUCUUCGUCGAGUUUGUUCGGCCUUUGUCCUUGCCGGUCUUCGCCCAAGUAGUCCUCCCAUCCCCGUCCAAUCCAUUCGAUGCCACGACAUUGACGGGCUUGUGCGAGUCCAUCCUCCAGCGCAUGCUGGAACAUUCCGCCCCGAGCAGACACAGGGCGGCGGUGCUCCUCUCACAAAGCAAACUCGAGGAACAGUAUCUCCGGUUUGCGGCGAGUAAGAACAGCGCCGAUGCGAACGCACGGGUUUCCAUCCUGUUGGAGUCACUGACACGUACGCUCGCGAGUGUGGGAGCCUUAAAGAAGACCCCUUCCUUGCUGGCCUCUGUGGCGGAGGGAGUAGAGCGGAGGGUGAAUAAUGUUGUAGAUCGCGCGGGAAAGAAAGGGCCCAAGAAGGAAAGGGGGAAGAGGAGACAAGGCGAAGAUGCCGUGGCAUGGCAGUGGCUUGUUGAGAGUGGUGAGAGGAUAUCGAAGAUCGUGGAGGGGUUGGACGGGCAGACAGACACGACGAGCAUCAAGCGCGCUGGUCUCUAA